AUGGCACUCAGGGCAAAGGCAGAUGUGUGGCUGGCAAGACCCUGGCAGUGCCUGCACAGGAUGAGGGCAUUGGGCACCACAGCAGCACCGGCCCACAAGACACUGCAGCCCUUUGAAGCCAUCCCACUGUACUCCAGAAACAAGUGGCUGAAGAUGUUCCAGAUCCUGAGGGAGCAAGGCCAGGAGAACCUGCACCUGGACAUGCAUCAGGCCUUCCAGGAGCUGGGGCCCAUUUUCAGGUACAGCAUAGGAAGAACACGGGUUGUGUCUGUGAUGAUGCCAGAGGAUGCUGAGAAGCUGCAGCAGGUGGAGAGUAUGCACCCUCAUCGGAUGCACCUGGAGCCCUGGGUGGCCCACAGAGAACAGCGUGGCCUGAGACGUGGCGUGUUCUUGCUAAAUGGGCCUGAGUGGCGCGUCAACCGACUGAGGCUGAACCCAAGUGUGCUGUCACCAAAGGCCGUUCAAAAGUUUGUCCCCAUGGUGGACAUGGUAGCAAGGGACUUCUUGGAGGCCCUGAAGAAGAAGGUGUUUCAGAAUGCUCGUGGGAGCCUCACCAUGGAUGUCCAGCAAAGCCUCUUCAACUACAGUAUAGAAGCGAGCAACUUUGCUCUUUUUGGUGAGCGGUUGGGCCUCCUAGGCCACGACCUGAGCCCUGGCAGCCUGAAGUUCAUCCAUGCCUUGCAUUCCAUGUUCAAGACCACCACACAGCUCAUGUUCUUGCCCAGGGGCCUGACACACUGGACAAGCAGCCGAGUGUGGAAAGAACAUUUUGAAUCCUGGGAUAUCAUCUCUGACUAUGCCAGCAGAUGUAUCUGGAAGGUGCAUCAAGAGCUCAGACUUGGCAACCCUCAGACCUACAGUGGCAUCGUGGCAGAACUAAUAUCCCAGGGAGCUUUGCCUCUGGACGCCAUCAAAGCCAACUCCAUUGAGCUCACCGCUGGGAGUGUAGACACGACAACCUUCCCCUUGCUAAUGACCCUCUUUGAGCUGGCUCGGAACCCAGACAUUCAACGGGCACUUCGGCAGGAGAGCCUGGCAGCCGAGGCCAGCAUUGCGGCAAACCCUCAGAGGGCCAUGUCAGACCUGCCCCUGCUGCGGGCUGCCCUUAAGGAGACCUUGAGGCUCUAUCCUGUUGGUGGCUUUCUGGAGAGAGUUCUAAGUUCUGACUUGGUACUUCAGAACUACCAUGUACCUGCUGGGACAUUGGUCCUACUCUAUCUCUACUCCAUGGGCCGAAACCCUUCAGUAUUUCAAAGGCCCGAACGCUACAUGCCCCAGCGCUGGCUGGAGAGGAAAAGGAGUUUCCUGCACCUGACCUUCGGCUUUGGGGUGCGCCAGUGCCUGGGGAGGCGAGUUGCUGAGGUGGAGAUGAUGCUCCUGCUGCACCAUGUCCUGAAAUCUUUCCAGGUGGAGACACUCAGGCAAGAGGAUGUGCAGAUGGUCUACCGCUUUGUUUUGAUGCCCAGCUCCAGCCCCCUCCUCACCUUCAGGCCUGUCAGCUAG